GCGGGUCUGUCCGUUGGACGUCCGCACGGACACAGACUCAAACCAGCGGCCAACUGUAAUUCAUCCUCCGCUUUUAAACCGGGCUUUCAGUAAUAAUUUAAUAAACCAUGAAGCUUAAAUGGGCUGUGUUGAGUGAGCCUCGGGUCCAACUUUGGUAAUUUAACCAUGGUAACUAAAAGGAAGCAGACAGCGGCGACGACAUAAAGUCAGUUUGACAAACCGCUCUGUGGAGGAUGUUAUCGGAAGAAUGGACGGAGUGAAAACUGGCCCUCAGCAGGACUGAACCUCCCGCCCGGGUGUCCUCCGGCUCCAUGUCACCCUCCUCUCCGUGCCAGAUGCCCCAGCGGGGUGAUGGCGUCUACAAGCCGGCACCGGUGUCCCCUGCUCCGCCUGUGCCCCCGAGGAGGGUCCGGAGUCGGGACAAGGUCUCGGGCAGGACGCGGCGGUCCGCGGCAGGGUCAGCGGGAGUCGGAGCAGCGGAGAAGCGGGUGAAGUGCGUCCUGGUAGGGGACGGGGCCGUGGGGAAAACCAGCCUGGUGGUCAGCUACACCACCAACGGUUAUCCCACCGAGUACGUCCCGACUGCAUUCGACAACUUCUCAGCGGUGGUAUCAGUGGAUGGGCAGCCAGUCAAACUACAACUCUGUGACACAGCUGGACAGGAUGAGUUCGACAAGCUGCGCCCUCUGUGUUACACCAGUGCAGAUGUGUUCCUGCUGUGCUUCAGUGUCGUCAGUCCUGCCUCAUUUCAGAACAUUCCUGAGAAGUGGGUGCCAGAGAUACGGAAACACGCCCCGCUUGCUCCACUGGUCCUCGUUGGGACGCAGUGUGACCUCAGAGAAGACGUCAAGGUUCUCAUCGAUCUGGCUAAGUACCGAGAAAGACCUGUGGACCCAACGGAUGCCCAGGACUGUGCGAUGGAGAUUGGAGCUGUGGCCUACUUGGAGUGCUCCUCGCUGACCCAAAAAAAUCUCAAAGAAGUGUUUGACACAGCCAUACUGGCCAGCCUGCAGAACUACAGCUCCCAUAAGCACCCAAGGGGGAAAAAGAGAUGCAGAAAAAAGCAAAGACAGACACCGGACAAGAUGAAAAGCCUGUCAAAGUCGUGGUGGAGAAGGUACUGCUGUGUGACCUAGAGCAGACUUCAUUCUGGUCUGGAUUCAGCUGGGGUUUGGUUGAUAGGAACAGAAGGCUGGUUUUGUCUUUAAAAAGCGGCUGGAUACAGGACCUCUCCUGGACUGUGGUUGGGAAGUGUCACAGAUGUAAAAUAAUUUUUUUUAGCUUCUAUUGUGGAUGAGAUUUACUACUGAGCCCUGCAGGAGAAUUUGCUUCGGUGUCUCCUGGAAUUAAACUGGCACGAACCAGUUCUAUUAUGGGACUAGCAGAAGAUGUGAUAAUAUUUUUCAGGAUUAGACUGGUACAGAUUUGAAAAGGAACUUGGAACUGUGUUUUCUCUGGAGUUAAACCCAACCUGUAAUGGAUUUAUGCAGCCUGGUAUGCACCCUGGAGGGGAACUGGAUUGUCUGCAGAAUAUGAUUAUUAUUGGUGGCUUAAAUACGCUGCAUCUAAUCUUAGUCAUUUUCCUAACUUGCUUCUAAAUUUAGUCUGGUUUCAGAUGCCCAUGAUUAGAAAGAACUGCUGACUGAAAUAGAGUAGACCAGACCAAACGUUGUCAUUUUGGAUUUUCUUACCCAGACAAUGAUCAGUGGAUAUAAUUAUAGUCAGAACAAGUCCAACCCUCAGUUAAUUUUAGAGCUGCUUUUUAUAACUGGGGCCAGCUUUAAUUAUAAUGAAAUAAAUUACUGUAUUAAGCUGUUAAGUAUUUCCUGGUCACGUAUAUGUUUAAUCUAUAACAUCGAUCAGGGUUUCCCCUUUUAUUGUAGUGUUGAUCUGGGCAAUUAUGCUGUUGGGUCUGGCAUGAAAUUGAGUGUGGUUUUCUGCAAGUACUGACAGCAAAAGGUUUGGUGAAGCUUCAGCUUUGGGAUUGGCUCAAAUCAUAUCUUUCUCCAUGCGAGCUUUGAUCAAAAGUGAGAUUUCCAAGAAAACCUGAUAAUGAAAAAAAAAAAAAAAAAAAAAUCACAAUAUGUUAGUAAUCAGAUUGUCAGUAAAUGAUGCUGAACAGCAAAACAUGUAGGGACUGUCUGAAUAUCCACUGCUCUCUAAUAGCAAGUUGUGUCUUUAUUUAAGAAGAUACAACCUGGAUCCAGGACUCAGUGACCCACUUUGGGUUUCCACUGGUAGCUAUGGUAUUUUAUCAUUGUCAUCUAGCCCCCCAUUAUUACUGAAAGAGUGAACAGUCUGUGAAAAUAGAGUGGUACCAGUGUGGCGUGGUUAAAUAUAAAUCUCUACUGCGCUGGUGACUGGUGCUUGACCUUAAUCGGGCAGGAGGACAUUUUGUAAUUCAUGAUCACAUUGCUCCACAAAUGAGAAUGUUGUUCGGUGCAGUAGCCAAAUGACUCUUUUCACAUGGAAAUGAAGAAUUAAAUUUGAAUCUAAAUCUACAGGCAGAAGCUGCAAGGCAGGCAAAAAACAGCAGAUUGAUUUCAUAUAAUUGUUCUGCUUGAUGUUGGUAUGAUUUAUCUUUACAGACACUUAAACAGCCUUAAGUAUGAGCACUCAACAAAAUUAAACCAACCAAGUGCUCUUUGCAUGUGGUUGUUUUUGCAAAAAAAAAAAAAAAAAUCUGAACAGCCUGAAGAUGAGUUCACCUUUUCUCUUCAAUGCAAUAAAGACUGUGAAGUUAGAAUUUCGUGCUAGCAAUGUUAACUGUCCUUUUUUUGUACAUCCUUACUGCUUUACCACGGAGGCCUCCACUGUUAUAGCCUAUGCUGUGUUUACUGUUUUCUGUGCUAGUGCUUGCAGUCUGUCUUCUUUUAUAUAGCUUUAUGUAUUGUAAAGCAGAAAUAAAAACAAAAGUGAAGAUGGAAACCAUGUGGCUGUCACACACUCAGCUGCCACACCUUCCUUUGUACAUUAUAGUCCCCAAACUGAGAGCACAGCCCAGCCCAGCAAUAUCUGUUUUAGUUCUCUUCAGUGUCUUCGUCUGAAAGGCUCAUUGUAUUAGAGCUUCUGCAGCAGAUAGGAAAAGGGGGCAAUGUUUGUUAUGCAAUUUUGUAGUAUAAAAGAUAAAAAUAUGAAGUUAAAACUCCAGUAACACUUGUAGUGUAAAGAAUACCUUUAUUAUUUGACUGGGCUUGUGGCCUCAUCAGGUUCAUCAUAAACUAUAUCACAGGCAAGAUUUUAAAUAGCAUAUAGAGUAAAAAAUAUAUAUAACAGCCAAUUAUAUAUGUCCAACAUACAUACCACCAAUGAGGCACCAACAAGGAUGGCCUGGGCAAAUGGUUUAAAGUUCAGGGUCUUAAAAAUGUUUAAAAAUAAAAAAAAAGAGAUUUGAUUUAACAAUUCAUAUUUGCUGCUUAUAUUGUAAUGACUUUCACUAAGGCGGUUGAUAGGGGGUGUAUCAUUUUCCAAGUGUAUGAAGUUACAGUUAUUCAGAUCCAAGAAUGCUGUAACUGUGUGGGGAGUGGGGCGAAAACUCUGUAUAUUUAUCGUAUUUUCUAUUCUGUGGUUGUUCAGGUGUGAAAUCGAGAGAGCCAUGUUGUGCCUGAGGAGUUCAAUGAAUUUUAAUUUGGAAACUUGUCCACGGUUUGGUGUUGUUUUCUGUCACAGUAGUAGAUUUGGAUGGUUUGUUGAAGUUUUGUGGAAUAUUUUCAGCCAAUUAGUAAAUUACGCUCUUGUGCUCAUUUUCAGCUUCAUAUUUUUUUGGACUCUACUAGAGUAGCUCUGCAUGAUUCACAGUUCAAAAUAAUCAUUAGAUUUCUUAUACUGGACCCUGGUUCAGCCCCUCAGUUCACCUUCUGUCUGAAACGAGCUGUGUUAGCUCCUCUCAUUUUAAGGCAACUUUUUCUCUGAUUGGUUGCUUCUCGUAAACAGAAGGUCUGAUCAGGUGAGCAGGUGGGCGGAGUGUCUGUGCUCAGAGAAACUUUGGCCCUGUUUAAAAUGAGCAUCCAUGAGUGUAGCAGUACAUGUAUGACAGAGAAUAAGGAAAAGCAAAAUAGAGCUACUUAAAAAAUUUUUUGAGAAUUUAUUCCAGACUGGUUGUGUUGAGUAUGUUGAAGACAGGGUGUUACUGGAGCCGCUUGGUAGUUUUCUGCUGAAGAUGUUACAGUGGUGACUGAAUGGUUUCACUGUUUCACGGUGUUUUAGUCUUGAUAGCAAACGCAUUGUUUCUUGCAGGGAAAAGGCAUAAUAGGUUACUUGUAUUGCUGUUUGUAUGCAGUCUUGGCUGAUGGUGGAGUAAAGUAGGCUGAAGGUCAUGCAGAGUAUUCAUCAUAGCUCGUGUUUCCCUUUGGUAAGUUUUACCUACUUGAAAAUUGAUGGAAAGCAGUAUGCUUACUCAUUAUAAUCUUUUCAUAAAUAUUAAUUUGCUAAUUUAUUCACAUUAAAUUAAAAAUAUUCUUAAGUGUGUCUGAGAUGGAUUUCAGGGUAAAUCCUUCUUUUUGUGGUUAUUCUCUCUAUAACACCUGAUAAAUCAAAAUGUUGUGGCUUCACAAAGCAAGCAAAAUGUUCUGAAUAGCAGCCACUCUCGUCAUGACUGAUUGAUUUAUGGGAUAUUAUAUGCCAAUCUACUGUCACAGGACAAACCUUUUAAUAUGUAAGACUACGUUACCAAAAGCAGCAUAGAAUACGUUUUACUUAUUUCAGCUGCUUGUCUGGUGAUUGACCUACAGCAGAAUGCACCCUGCACUGUAUGAUGAUAUAAGGCUUUGCAAUGUAGAACAGACUGGUCUCUGAAAGUGAGCAGUUGUGUCUAGAGAACAGACUGGUGGGCUGGUAGUUCUCUGAAGCUAAGACAGAAAUGUUCUGUGUUUAUGUCUAAAGUCAGGAGGUUUAUUGUUGUGAGCUAUGACUUGUCAGGACUGUGGCUGACUUUAGCUAUUGUGGUGAAUUUGGUGCUUGAACUGGCUUCCAAAGUGGUAAAAGUGAACUAAUUAUCCCUACUGAGGACACUUCUCAAGAAAUAACCUAACUAAAGGUAAACAGACUAGUUCUUAUAUAGCGCUUUUAUACUUUGUUCACUCAAAGUGCUUUAUACAACACAUUUGCAUUUACCCAUUCAUAUAAGCACUUCCUUCUACAGCUAAGUGCUUACUAUCUAACAUUCACACACAUUCAUACUCCAAUAGUUGCAUCGGAGAGCCACUUGAAGUUCAGUAUCUUGCCCAAGGUUACUUUGGUAUGCAAACUGGAGCAGUCAGGAAUCAAACCACCAACCUUCCAAUUAGUAGAUGACUUGCUCUGACUCCUGAGUCACAGCUACCCUUCCAAUAAGAACCAACCAUUUAAUAAGAAAAAGGUUUGAGUCAGACUACAGAAAGAAAUGAUCCUCUGUUUACUUUAGCAACUCACUUCAUGCACCUUUAGAACUAACUGGGCACUAAGUACCCAUUUCAACAUAAUUCCUGAUUCCACAAGACUGCCACAUGUGGUCCUGUGAGUUUAAUGUCUCAUUUUUCCAAAUUGAUUGUUUUACCGAGGUUGAUACCUCCUAGAAAACACCUGAGUUCACUAACAUGAGACACCAACUGAGAUCUUCUCUUAAGAAACCAGUCCACUGAGCCUGUGUGAAGUGCCAGUGUUUUCAUUUUCUCUGCAUAUAAAAACACUGCUGCAAUUCUCUGUAUAACUGAGGGCUUUGGUCUGUGUUUUAUAUGUUUGUACAGUUGUUUUAUACUCUGAAAA